AUGACUUCCACCGACAACAAAAUUCCCAGUAGAUCUCCUGCCUACGACGAAGACGGUGCAGAUAUCACGCUAAUCAGCUCGGAAGCAGAGGAGUUCAAGGUACAUGCUUAUAUGCUGAAGGCUAAUAGUACUAUCUUCCGAGAUAUGUUGGGCGAUCCCGCGUUCAGACCUUCCGGCUCUAUCGACAUCGAAGCUUCCUCGGAGGAUUUGACAUAUUUCCUCAACUUCAUGUACAAGUGUCACGCCGAAGCACCCCAAACAUGGGAUCAAGCAAAACGUAUCUUGGAUCUUUGCGACAAGUUCGAUUGCGAAAUAGUCAGCAAAAGGAUCCGAUGUCGGCUGAAGAGGGUCGUACGUGGUGAUCCAUGGGAAGCAUUCGCCUUGGCAAGUCACCACCACGAUAUAAAAAUGGCCGAAUGGGCCUUGCGAGGUUUAGGCUUUGAUGAAAAGCGGAAAAAUAUCACUUCCGAUACGAUCUCAUUGGCAGACGCUUCGAAAGUAUCUCUGCCAUAUCUCUUAGGCUUCCUUCACUUGAGUCAUUCGUCCGUGUCAUGGAAUGAGACAACCAGGACCUACGAGAAAAACUGGAACUCUUUAGGUAAAAAGUUCACUCUCAGGGAGUAA